UCCCUCUCUCAACCAGCCAGCAUAUCAUCGCUGAUCUCUACCUCCUCCGCUCAUCCCAAUCGAACGCUUUAUUAAUCGAUACCCGUCCCAUUCCGCAAUAUCAAUCUGCUGCCUCGCGGCAAUGUACAUACAUUGACCCAUAGACUACCAAUCGUUCCAAUAUGAUCCAACGACACUCCUCUCCAUACUCCAGAACAGCCAGCCCCCGGCCUGAGACAUUCAGAAAAAGAAGCAAUUCCUUCCCUCUCGUGGAUGUCCUAGGAUGCUCGACACCAGAAGCAGAGCUGAUACUUGCCGAGGGCAGAGCUGCGGUUCGAAGUCGCCUUGCUCAACAGAAAAGGCGUGGACGGAGGAAUCGAUCAGCGGACGACGACACUUUUCCUAUGAGGCCAACCGAUCAUAUCCACUACCUAGAGCAGCGCGUUCAAGUCGAAGAGCCAGACACCGGAUUCUCUGAAGCCCAAAUUCCCGACACUCGCCACGCCCGGGUAUCGUCCAACAUUACUGACAAGAGUGGCUCGACGAUAACGGGACUUGCACCACCUGUCCGAACAAUGACUUCGCCUCCUCUUUGUCCUGCCAGUCCUUUGGGAGAUUAUUCUGCCAAUCUCGCGAGGUUCAUUCAGUCUCAACUCGAAUCUAUUGCGUCGUACCAGCCAUCACCAACCUCUCCACGCUCAUGUUCAGAUCUUGCGGUGCAAGUCAAGUUGCAGCCUCGGUCACCUAUCAGUCCAACAAAGCGGCAGUCCGUCGCCCCAAACUUGAUUGACAUACCUCCUGUUCGACCUCCACUUCGUAGCCAGUUCUCUGCCUGGAGCUCCGCGGACGACAGCGAGGAUGGAGGCGACAACGAAUUAGGAUAUUCCCUAGGACCAGUGCCGACCUUGUCAUCUGUCCCUAGAUCUUGUACAGGAGCCACACCAUCGAUUUUGCAAUACUAUGAGACCGCCAACAACGCAUCCUUUUUGUUCUCCUCAACGCCACUCGAAGAGGAACACAAGGAAGGGGAGCAUCCCAAUGCCGAGGGUUUUACUUUUCCCAGUAAGCCGCCGUUAGCGGCUCACGAGACGGACCCAGGUUCCACCCAAUACGAUUCAGACUAUCCCUCAUCCGCACUCUCCUCCCGACCUCAACUCACAGCCUCAUCUGCCCCAUCUUUUACCUCUAGUUCUACGGCGUCCUAUUUCGAUUGCAAGCGUCCAAUAGCUGCUAUCCCGCCACAGGUACGGGAUCGGAUAAUCGCUGCCGUCUCUCCUCGAGAUCCAACUAAGAAGGUUGUUCAUGCCACUUCGCCAUUUGAGGGUGAUGCCCUGGCAAAUGUCCAUGAAAUCUUAAUCGAAUCUCAGCACAGGGUUCUCGUCGAUGGUCUGUCGUUCGACCUGGUGCAGAACAUGGAUGUGUCCGAUGUCGUACCGCGAGUAACGACACAAUGCUAAUCUCCCGACUAAGCAUCACAUAUCACCCUCGUGUCAAUCCCCAACAGCACGCGACAGUGCUCCAACAUUUCCUUCGCAUUCGCAAGUUGUUUUAUUACCAACUUCUUCUUUACCAGUACGGACCGAUUGCGCCUCCAAAGGAUUGGUUAUCCCGGAACAGCCGGUCUGACCUGGCUGCCGCUCCCUUGGCGCGUACUCGCAAAAGAUUAUCGUAUCCUCUUGUAAUCAUUAUUGUUUUUUCUGUUCAUGCGCACACCAUUAUUCAGCGGGGUUCGGCGUACAUGAAAGACUCUAGACUGAACACGGUCGCUGACCUGGUUUACUCGUUACGGCAAAUUUCGUUUCCUUUGUAA